AUACACACGCAUUAAAAUUGCUGUAUAAUAUACAUAUACACAGACACAAUAAAAGGACCAUAUUAUACGAUACACAUACACAUAUAUACACCUAUGUAUACAAAAAGUAUGGCUGGUCCUGCCGAAGACGAAGGCGAUCCCCGUCGUAAGAUCCUCAAGAUGGUUGUGUGUUCGUUGUGUUACGAUUCCGGUUGUUCCACGGUGGAGAACAUCGCAGCCGAAACAUUGGUGGAAAUGAUGCAAAGUUUUUUGUGUGAAGCUGGAAGGAGCUCUCAGGCGUAUUGUGAAUUGUCUGGCAGAACCACUCCAAUGUUAAGUGAUGUUGUUAUGAGUCUAAUUGAGAUGGGUACCAAAGUCGACCAGAUUCCUAUUUAUGCGAAGAAACCAAACAAAAAUGUUUUUAUUCCACCAACCCACAAGCAUGUACCACCCUUACCUGGAAUACUCGAAACUGGGGAACGGAAGCAACACCCAUCAUACAUCCAGGAUUAUUUCCCCCCAUUUCCAGGACCUCACAGCUACAUUCGGACACCUACAUAUCGAGACCCCGUGACUGACUAUCAACUGGUUCGAGAGAAAGUUGCAUCUCAGAAGAGAGACACGGAACGAGCACUGACACGCUUCAUCGCUAACACUGGCAAAACACAAAAACUCUUCAACGACGACAGCGGAGCUUUCCCAUUGAUUGCUGUGAAGCCAAGCAUCAUGCCUUACCUGAAUGCCUUAUUGCCGAAGGACCAAGACCUGGAUGCCCAACUGCCCGUGCAGAACCAGUGGGCAAACAUCAUGCAGAAGUACAAUGAUGAAGGGAGCAAAGACGAUGCGGGCGUGGCAGUGAAUAACAUCAGCAACAACAACAACAACAACAGCAACAGCGGCGUCGGCGGUGGUGGUGGUGGUGGUGGUGGUGGUGUCCAUGACUUUUUUCCUGAACGGUACGAGUAUUCUCAGGCUGUCUUGGACGUAGACAACGAGGCCAUCGAUAAUCCGUAUCUUCGGCCCGUGAAACCUCCACGUAAGAAGAGACGGUGAGGAACGAACGUUUUGGGUUUUGGGUGGGGGACGGGGGUGGAGAGUCAUUUCCUUGGGUUUGUGUGUGUGGGGGGUGUGAGUGGGGUAGGGAGUUUGCUUCAUUGGUUUGAGAGGGCAAGGGUUAUGAGCUUACUUGGGUGAGGAGUUGUGGGCUGAACGCUAAGUGGGGAGGUUGAGGUCAGAAGAGAGUACCAGCUGUUUAAGGGAACCACAGUUUACUUCUAGCAUUUUGGUAACAGACUGCCCCAGCAUGGCCAGAAAACCAGCAAAUGAAUAUACAAAAUAUCCUGUACCGUGGCUGAGGUGCUUAUCAUUCACUUUUCGUUUAUGAGGUCAUUCAGUUGGCUAGAAACAACACCAAACACCCUUCAUACCACAAAAUGAAGGACACUUUGGAGAAGGCCUGUCUUAAACACAUAUGGAAAGCAUAUGGUGGGGAUACUUUUAAUCAUAGGUCUCUGCAAGAUAAGGGGCCAUCUUUGGGCUGCACAUUAACAAAA